AUGACCAGCACUCCAACAAAAGCAGAGACACCUGCGCCACAGCCGACCCCAGUCACUGCUGAGGAAGAAGAUGCUAUCAUUCACUCUCGUAUUACCAACGACGAACGCACUCUGAAGCGUGUAAUCAAAAAGUUCCACACCUAUUCCUCCGUCGCACACACUCCCAUUGUGCCUCUCGCGUCAACAUCAUCUAUAACCAUAGAAGAUGCACGAGAAGCAUUUCUUGUCGAGUUAGCAUCGUUCAGCUUGCAGUUGAAGAAGGCGGUUAUGGUCUGCGAGGCAGAGGCGAGGCAAGUGGACGUGUACCACCGAGAACGACAGCGAAUAGAGGAUGAGAGAGGUUCUCUUGUUGGCCAAAUCGAGCAGUUGAAGACGUCUCUUGAGCAUGCUCAAAUGGAACGAAGACAAAAGAUAGAGUAUGACCUGGUGGCGGAGAAGAUCAACACAUUACCUAGUCGACAGGAGCUCGGGCGCUCAAUACUUCUUCUCGAAAAUGACAUGGCUGCCAUCCGUGCGGAACAUGACACCCAGACGCGACUCAUACAUUCCCAAAAAUCAGCCCUCAUGUCCAUCAUUGGUGACCUAGGCUCCCUUCGCCUCAUGGGCAAGGAAACCGACACGCCUCGAGAAACCUCCCCUGUCCUAGAUCUUACACAAAGCGAGACGGACGUUGGCCUACCACCAUCGCCAACACCCGCAUCUACGUCUCUUGUGAUCGAUCCUUUCCUUGACAAGGAGGAAGGGGAAGAGAAGGAGGAGAAGGAGGAGGGCGAGGAGGAUGAUGACCAGCUUUCGUCGGACGAUGUCCCGCUUAGUGCUCUGGAUAAUCCCGCCUUCAACAGGGCAAAAUCCAUUAUUCUAUCCCGGCACGGGUCUCCCGCAGUACAAGCACUUUUUAGAGCUCAAUCUUCCGCAUCUGUUCUUUCGAGUGGAAGGGUCCAUGCGAAAGCCCUCGCGGACGACGAUAUUGAGAUGGGUGAGCUCGCGGAGGAACCGGUGAAGGCGAAGCAGAAGAAGGUCAGGGAGGAGGAACUUGAAGAGGGAGAAGCCAGUGACGAGAGCAGCGCUCUGUCAGAGUUGCCCGAUGAUAUCUGA